AUGGACCCCUUUAUCAUUCCUGCUAUCGGAUGGGGCGUGUCUGCUCUAGGUUGGGUCGCCUCGCCCAUCAUCUCCAAGCUCCUCACCAAAGGAUUCGACCACCUCGGCUAUGACACGGCAACUAAGCUGGCACAGCUUGAGCCCAAAAUCUUGGUGCUGGAACGGGUGACGCAAGUUGUCGAGACGAGCCGAGACAGGCCUCGUCUAGAGAAGCUGUUCAAGGAGCUUAAAUCUGCUUUCUAUGAAGCCGAAGAAAUCUUGGAUGCUGUGGAGUAUCGCUGUCUUGAGAGACAGAUCCAAGAAGGCAAACUUCAGUCUUCUAUGGACAAAACUGGAAGCACCAAGAAGUUAUGUGAGGUGGUGGUGACUGCUUGUGUGAUCAUGCACUGCAUGAUCGUAAAGGAUGAGCAUGAGGAUCAAAUGUUCGACCAAGGGUUUCAAUUUCAGUGUGAAAGUAUUGUGUCUGAGCAUGAGAGUGGGAUGUCAAAGAAAAAGCUGAUAGGGAGCCUAAAGAAGAUAGAAGACAUUAUAAAUGAAGCACAUCAAAUUUUGAAUAAGCUUAGCUUGUCAAGCAUAAGUGAUGUCCAUAGAAGACAUGGAAUGGAUGCUAAUCGUCCUACUACUGCAGUUUCUGCGCAUAAAGUGCUUGGUCGAGAUAAUGACCGCGACAAGAUCAUAAAAAUGAUUCAUGAGAAGGAAGGCGGUGUUCAACCAAGCACCUACAACGGUCUAUGCUUUUCUGUAAUUGGCAUACAUGGAGUUGGUGGGUCAGGGAAAUCUACCCUUGCACAAUUAGUUUAUGCCCAUGAGGAAAAGGACAAGAAAGACAAGAAGGAAGGCCAUUUCGACCUUGUUAUGUGGGUCCAUGUCUCUCAGAGUUUUAGGUUAGGCGACAUCUUUAAGGAGUUGUAUGAGGAAGCUUCAGAGCCUAAGGUUCCAUGCCCUCAAUUUAAUAACAUGAAUUCCUUGGAAAAAGAAUUGGAGAGGAAACUAGAUGGAAAGCGAUUCCUUCUGGUCUUAGAUGAUGUCUGGUGCAAUAAGGAUGUCGCUAAUCAGAAUCUACCAGAGUUACUUUCUCCGUUGAAGGUUGGAAAGAGAGGAAGCAAGAUCCUAUUGACAACUCGAAGUAGAUAUGUAUUCCCAGAUCUAGGUCCUGAUGUGAGAUAUACUGCCAUGCCGGUACCCGAGUUUGAUGAUGCUGCCUUCUUUGAGUUGUUCAUGCAUUAUGCCCUUGAAGAUGUCCAAGAUCAAAGAAAGUUCGAGAGCAUUGGGGCUGAGAUUGCAAAAAAGUUGAUGAGGUCACCUCUAGCAGCUAAAACAGUGGGAGGAAAUUUACGUCGGCAACAAGAGGUUAAAUAUUGGAGAGGAGUCAAUGAUAAGGACCUUAUCAAUAAACGGACAGGACCUCUGUGGUGGAGCUACUAUCAACUUGAUGAGCAGGCUAGGCGUUGCUUUGCAUAUUGCAGUAUUUUUCCUAGAAGACAUCGAUUGCGCCGUGAUGACUUAGUGAGACUGUGGGUUGCAGAAGGGUUCAUAAGAAGCACGGAUGAAGGGGGUGAUAUUGAAGAAGUUGCUGAGGAAAUCUUUAAUGAACUAUUGUCGAUCUCAUUUCUUCAACCGGUAGUCCGUGGCUGGGAGUACUAUUAUUAUGGCAUGGGAAAGGACCACUAUUUAGUUCAUGAUCUGCUGCAUGAUUUAGCAGAGGCAGUAGCUGGCAGUGACUGCUUCAGAAUUGACAAUAACACGAGCCAGAAAGGAGGAGGAUGGACAGGAGAUGUUCCCCGAGACGUUCGCCAUCUUUUUGUUCAGAAAUUUGCAGAAUUAUCAAUUUCUAACAUCAGUUGGCUUAUCUCACUCCAAACCCUCCAAACAUUCCAAGUAUGGGGAUUAUUAAAAGGGCAGGAGGCAAAGCAGUUGAGGUACCUAAACAGGCUCAGCGGCAAAUUGAGUAUCUCUGGUCUGGAAAGUGUUGAAAGCAGAGAGGAAGCUCUUGAAGUCGAUCUAGCUGCCAAGAAACGGCUCACAGAUCUAACACUGUCAUUCUUUGCAAGUUCAGAAGUUGCAGCAAUGGUACUCGAGGGCCUUUGUCCUCCCGUGGGGCUUAAAGACCUGACAAUCCGUGGCUACAAUGGUUUGGUAUACCCAAAGUGGAUGGUGGGUAGGCAAAAUGGUGGACCAGAGAAGCUGCAGAAUCUUACUCUCUUCUUCUGGAGCCAGCCAGGACCUGCUCCUGCACUGGAGGCUUUCAUUCAUCUUCGUUUGCUCCAUCUGACGCACUGCAGUUGGAGCGCCUUGCCAGGCAAUAUGGAGCACCUUAGCUCGCUCGAGGCACUAUGGAUCUAUAAUUGUUCGAAUGUUCGGUCGCUUCCAAAGCUACCACAGUCUCUUGAGGAUUUUGCACUCGUCCACUGCAACGAUGGGUUUAUGGAGUCUUGUCAAACAGUUGGACAUCCAAACUGGCAAAACAUUCAACACAUCCCCAGCAAAUAUUUUGGGAGUAAGAACACAUCCCAAAAAGGGUAG